AAAAGAGGAAUGCGUCCAAUGACUUGAAAGUUAGUGCGACUACUGAAUCGACCCUCGUAGGGACUGUGUUUCUAUUCUUCAGAGAAAGAAACUACGUGCUGCUGACGGAUAAAACGUGACAAGGGACAUAACAGUGACGACCUCUCGGACGACCUCCCAGACCCGGCCGAGAAUGACGACCACUUACGCUGACUUGGAGUUCCUGGUCCUGAGGGAGGAACAUCUCGAGGACGUCAUAUGCUUCGCCAAGCAACAUUACUUCCCACGGGAACCGCUCUGUUCGGGCCUCUCGGUGGGCGCCGUGGACCCGCGGGAAGGAACGAGGAUGGGGGACGACAUCCGGAAGUGCCUCACUUCCGGUAUGUCGAUCGGUGCCUUUGACAGGACGUCGCGUGACCUGGUCGGAAUAAGGCUCGCCUACACAUGCACGAAGGGCGACGAGGCGAGCGAGGGUGAUGCGGGUCCCUCGCCGGCUUGCGAACUGGAAGCGAUGUACAAGCGGGACGACCUCGUGUGGGACUCCGUAGAGUUGUUUGACGCCCCCGGGGUAGAGAAGAUCCUGGUGAUGUUCUUCGUGGGCGUGAGGAGCGACUACGGGCAGCGGGGAAUCGCCAAGAAGAUGGUGGAGCUGACCUUCGAAAGGGGAAGGGCCGCGGGCUGUCACGAGGCGCGCGUCAUCGCCAGCAACGUCUUCACCCAGGCCCUGUUCUCCAAGUUAGGCUUCACGACCCGCUUUACCCUCGACCUGACCUCUGACCCUGACAUCGACGUGGCGGCCAUGGGGAACACCACCAAAUCUUGCCUUAUGAGUAUGAAGAUCUCGUGACGGAUAAGGUGCGAUGAGAACCAGGCGACUUUUAUGAAAGGGGCUAAGAAGAUAUAUGUUAAUAAAGGAGAUAAUGCUGUGUAGUAAUAUGAAUAUUAAUAAGGAAUAAAAUAAAAUUCAUGUCUCAGAAAAUA